AUGGAGGAUGAUAUAGAGGUUGUUAGUCACCAUGGGGGGAAGUUGGUGAACGAAGGGUGCCUCGAGUAUGAAAGGGAAAGUGAUACUAUGUAUUUUGACCCUGACUUGUGGAGUUACUUUGUUGUAGUGAGUGUAGUAAAAGGGCUUGGGUAUGAUGGAUUUAAAGAUUUGUGGUUUUCUGUUGGAUGUGGUCCUAUAUUAGAUGAUAAGCUAGAACCCUUGUGUGAUGACGUAGGAACCAUGUAUAUGGUCAAUUUAGCUAGGUUAAAUGGUCAGGUUCAUUUAUAUGUUGUCCACACUGUGUCUGAACCUGAAGUCAUUGACAUGAUUGAAUAUAAUGUUGAUGAAGGAGUAUUGGAUGAAAGGACAGAAGAAGAUGAUGGUGGUGUAACUUCACAGUUUGGUGAGGCCACAUAUGAUGGGGUAGAUGGUCAUGGUGAGAGAAUAGAAGUUGAUGUUGGUGAGGAUGAUGUUGGUGAGGGUGAGAGAAUACAAGUUCAUGUUGGUGAGGUUGACAGAAUGGAAGUUCAUGUUGGUGAGGGUGACAGAAUACAAAUUGAUGUUGGUGAGGGUGACAGAAUACAAAUUGAUGUUGGUGAGGGUGAGAGAAUAGAAGUCGAUGAAGGACAUGAUGUUGAGGGUAAGAGAAUAGAAGAUGAUGAAUCACAUGAUGAUAAGACACAAGCAAAUGAUGUUGAGGAGACAAUAGAAGUUCAUGAAACACAUCAUCAGAUGGAAGUUGAUGAAGCACAUGAUGAGAGGACAGUGGUAAAUGAUGGUGAGGGUAAUAGAACAGAAGUAGAAGAGUUGGAGGACAUAGAAGUAGAAGUCCGUGAAUGGAGUACAUCAGAUGAUAAUGGUGAGGUAAAUAGUAUGGAUGGGUUAGUAGACAUAAAUAUCCAGUGUGACCUCAGAGAAAGUGACAAUUAUGGUAAUGUGGAGGUUUCUGGCAGUGGUCUUCCUAAGUCAGAUUUGGAAGAAGAUGAUAUUAGUGAUACAAGUUUAUUCAAUGAUGAAUGGGAAUAUGAGGAGUUAACUUCUCCUGACAUCAGUGUUGAAGAAAUUGGUCUGCACAAAAGCUAUUUGAAGUCAGACAUGUGUCUCAAAGUGGGGAUAACAAUGAGGUUUCUCAACCUAGAUGGAGAGGAUUACAUACCUGUAUGCUUUCUCACUUCAACGUAUGAAGAAAUGUACUCUUCUAUUAUCUAUCCUAUUAAUGGAAACAACCUGUGGGAGGUAACCGAAUAUCCAAAUGUCAUGCCUCCAUCAAGCAGAAAGUUGCAUGGUCGUCCUAAGAAGAAAAUGAGGUUAGAGCAGUGGGAGUUGAAGAAAAACAGCACCAGCAUGAGCAAAGGUGGAUUGGUAAAGAGAUGUAGCAAGUGUAGGGAAGUAGGUCACAACAGAACAAGCUGUCCCAAGACAAACCAAGAACCUGUUGUGCAGGCACAAAGAGAAGAACCCACUUCACUAGCAGAGGCUGAAGCACAUGGAGAACAACCACAUGGAGAAGAACCACACCAGAGUUGA